UGGACGAGUACUUCUCUCAGGCUCGAGCGCCACCAGGGAUGUUGUUUGCUCCCGCGCAGCAUGGCCAGAAUGGCGGCCACAGUGGGCGGCGGUGCAACAAAGAAGACGCACAAUGCAAGCAGGCAAAGCAACGGGUGCAGCGCAGGACAGGCCCGAGCGAGGAGGGUUGCUUUGCGGAGGCCCAAGCUUCGCGGUGGCAAACGCGUGAUGACAAUGAUCGAAGGACGAUCGCCGAGAGGCACAAAGCACACAAUUGCAGGCCGCAUCGCUAGGCCCCAUCUGGCUGCACACCCAUGUCCACCCUCCGAGUCCCAGCCGCUCACGCCGUCCUAUAAAGCCCUCGCGUACACCCCGUCCUUCCUUCAUACCUCUCGCUGCUCUUCUCCUGCGCCACUCUCGUCGGCGCGCCACAUUAUUUCCCAAACCCACUCUAGCUCUCAACCCCGACCGAAAUGCCUCCUCGCGGUGCUCCCGGGCGUGGACGCGGUGCGCCCGUCAGCUUCAUGCCCCGUGGCGGUGCCGCUGCCCGCGGCGGUGGCCCCCCCAGUCUCGUCGGACGCGGCAAUGGAGCCGGCGCGUCCCCUGGGCUGCCCGCGCGCGACUCCCAUAUUACCACUGUCGGUGUGAGGCGCAGCGCGUUCGGCACCGCAGGCAGGGUCAUCGACAUCACCACGAACCACUUCUUGGUCAAGAUCCCCGACGCCAUCAUCCACCACUACGAUGUGGUCAUCCGUCCGGACGAGAAGACGCUCCCGGCGCGACUCAACAUGGAGAUUAUUGACCGCCUCCAAAAGGUCAUCGCGCCACAGGUCUUCACCCCGCGUGCUGUGUAUGACGGUCGCAAGAACCUGUUCGCCGCGCGAGAGCUGCCAUUCGGAGAGACCAGGAGCCAGGAGUUCGAUGUUAUGCUCGAGGAUCCCGCAACCUCCACCAGUGCCCGUGGCCCGAAGGUCUACAAGGUCAAGUUGACGCAUGUGGCAGAGAUCAAUCCCGAGGUCCUCGCGCGUUUCCUCAAAGGCCAACAGUCUCACGACAAUACCGUGCUGACCGCUAUCACGGCCCUCAACGUCGUCAUCCGCAUGGAGCCGUCCUUGAAGUACCCGUUCAACGUGCGCUCCUUCUUCACCAACCGCGAGACAAAGGACAUCGGCGGGGGCAUCGUGCUCUGGCGUGGCUACUUCCAAUCCGUGCGCCCAGCUAUCGGCAAGAUGCUCAUCAACGUGGAUAUCAGCACGGGCACGAUGUACAAGGAGGGUCCGCUGUUCAACCUCUGCCUGGAGUUCUUUGGCACGAGGGACCCCAGCUUCCUCACGCCGAGGCGCCUGACCGAGCGCGAACGCCUCCGCCUGCAGCGCUUCAUCAGCGGCGUGCGCGUCACUACGGUGACACCGGGCCAGCCGCCGUCGAACCGAUCGCCGCGCGUACUCAGAAAGCUCUCUGCUCAGGGGGCGAGCUCGCUCAGCUUCACAAACCGCGAGGGCAAGGCCGUCACCGUCGCGCAGUACUUCCGCCAGACGUACAACUUCCAGCUGAAGUACCCCGAUGUUGUCUGCGCGGAGGUCGGCAAUGGCGCGCUCAUCCCGCUCGAGAUGCUCCAUGUGCCCCCGGGCCAGAUCAUGAAGAAGCCGGUCCCCCCGGAGAAGACGAAGGACGUGCUCGAGUUUGCGACCAAGAAGCCGCAAGACCGGCUGCAGAGCAUCGCGAAUGGACUCGGGGUGCUGCAAUACGGCCAAUCGGAAUACGUUCGGCAAUUCGGCUUGGAUGUCGAUCCGAACGCGAAGCCCAUGAGACUGCAAGCACGCGUACUGAACCCUCCGACCCUGAAGUAUGGCCCUGGGUCGAAACAGCCCACAAUUGUUCCCCGUGACGGCGCGUGGAACAUGGUCGAACGCAAGUUCUGGCAGCCGUGCACGAUCACGCAGUGGAUUUUGGUCGUCUUCGAGCGAAGGAACCGCUUCGACGAGAAUAUCGUGCAGGACGUGGCCAGGAACUUCGUUGCCGCCUGCAAAAACGUCGGCAUCACAAUACAGAAUGAGCAACCGAUCUACGAGUGGGCGAAUCCUCAGUCCUCUGUCCAUGCGCAAUUGGCGCGCAUCGGGGGUCUGUGCGGCGCCAAGUACAAGACCAUGCCCAACCUCGUCGUCUGCGUGCUGCCCGAGGGAGCGACGGAUGUGUAUACCGCCAUCAAACAUUUCGGUGACAUUCAGACCGGUUGUGCGACGCAGUGCUUGAAGGCCGACAAAUGCAAGAGGGCCAAGGAGCAGUACUUCGCGAACGUCUGUCUCAAGGUCAACGUGAAGCUGGGCGGCAUCAACACCAUCCCGGAGCCUCGCUCGGUAGCAGCUCUGACUGACCCCCACAACCCCACCAUCGUUAUGGGCGCGGACGUCAUCCACCCCGCCCCCGGAGCCGAGGGUCGGCCGUCCUUCACUGCGCUAGUCGCGAACGUGGACUCCGACACCGCCAAGUACGUGGCGGACUGCCGCGUGCAGACGUCGCGUCAAGAGCUCAUCGAGGACCUAGGACCCAUGAGUCAGCGUAUGCUCUGGAGCUACAUGGACUACCGCAAAAACAAGGAGGGGAAGGCCAACCCGGCCCCCACGCGCAUCAUCUUCUACCGGGAUGGUGUCUCCGAGGGACAGUUCAAGCAUGUGUUGGAGCAAGAAUUGCCCCUCAUCAAGAAGGCCUGCGCCAACCUGAACAUCAAGCCCAAGAUUACCAUGAUCGUGGUCGGGAAACGCCACCACGUCAGGUUCUUCCCCCAGGGCCAAGGUGGAGACAGGAGUGGCAAUUGCCCCGCCGGCACCGUCGUCGACCGUGAGGUCACGCACCCGCUCGAACUGGAUUGGUACCUGCAGAGCCACGCUGGGCUGCUGGGCACGUCGAGGCCCGCGCACUACAGCGUCUUGCAUGAUGAGAACAAUUUUACGCCCGACAGCUUGCAGGCGCUCUCGUUUGCCCUUUGUCACGUCUACGCGCGCUCGACACGAUCCGUGUCCAUCCCCGCGCCGGUGUACUAUGCGGACAUCGUCUGCUCACGCGCGAAGAACCACUACAACCCGGAGGAGUCCAUGCACCUCGAGGAGAGCUCUGGCCUGCAGCAGGACAAGGCCACUGCCAUCGCGAACCUCUCCAAGUUCAAGAGCAACUUCAAGCCGUUGCACUCGACCAUAGCCAAGACCAUGUAUUUCUCUUAAGCUAUCAUCCCCGCGAGUCACUGAAGUGUAAAGGUCAACUGCUCUCCCUGUCGCUCAUUAUGUUUGCUCUGGAACCCACUGUUGUCUCCGUGUACCAUCACCCGUUAUGUAUCGCCUCCACGCUCCUUAACGCUGUAAUCAUACCCCGCGAUCGGUCUGGAAUGCUCAUUAUCCGUUAUUGACUCCUC